AUGUUGCCUCCGUCAGACUCUUUGCGACACCAUCUACAUAAGCUCGCUGAAGUCCGGGCAAAUCGCAAUACUUCUUCUAUAUCUACCUCUACACCUACCUCUACUUCCACUCCAGGCGCAGCCCCUCCUCCAUACACGUUGUCUGUCACCAGACCCAGUGGCACAACUGUCAUGAGCGUCGAUCAGAACGACAUGGACGACCCGUGGGCCUCCCCAAUCAAUAUUUACAUUGACAACUCAAUCACUGUGACUGGUGAUGAAAACACUAUCAUGAUGUCGUCUCCUGGGGCGGAUUCUACCACUGACCCAACUCAAAAAGAGGCCCAGGGAUCCCCUCGCCUGAGCUCCAUCGCGGCUGUCAUCAUCGCUGCACUGAACCGCGCAAAUGUCCUCCACGAUGAUACGGGAUACCCCCGGCCCAUCAACAUCCGCGCUCUCGCGGGCAUUAGGGUGAAUGGCCGGAAUAACACCAUUUGCGUCGGGGGUGAGGUCCACAAGUCUCAGAAUGAGAUUGCUGACGCCGGAGCUGGAGAAAGCAACGGUCGCAAGCGUCGUGCCAGCUCGGAGCCUGUGGGAGCUCCGUCGGCUCAGCGCCCCCGUUCGUCUUGAGAGAUUAUGAGUUGCUUCGUGAGAAGCUGAAUGUUUUAUUUUUUUGCUUUCAAUCACCUUAGAAUGAGAUCGCUUUUUGCUUCUAGUUCUCUCGGAAUUUGGUCACUUUUUACUUUUGGUUUGCUUAGGGGAGUUUGCCAAUCUUUCGUUUGCUUGUUAUGGGUUGAUA